AUGGAUGUUAACAAAAAACUGAAGCAGUUUGUGUCCCUCUGUAAGGAAGACCCAUCCAUUUUGCACAAGCCAGAGUUUUCCUUCUUUAAGGAAUUUAUCGAAAGCUGUGGUGGAAAGGUGCCAAAGGACAAGGACUUUUAUGAACACAUUCCAAGCGAAGAUAGUACAGAGGAAAAGUCCCACAAUGGAGAAAAGGAAGAAGAAGAUGAUGAUGAAGAUGAAGAGGAAGUAGAGGAAGAAGAGGAGGAAGAGGAAGAAAACGAUGAAGAUUUAAUGAAAGAAGAAACGGUUGAGUGCCCCCCUUUAGCUCCAACCAUAGAAGGAGAUUUAUCCGAUGAGGUAAUUGAAGAAAUCUGUAACUUGAAAGAGGAAGCUGUAAAUUUAGUGCAAGAAAAUAAUUUUGAAGAAGCCUUAGAAAAAUACAAUAAAAUAAUUUCCUAUGGAAAUCCAUCAGCCAUGAUAUACACAAAAAGGGCUUCCGUUUUGUUAAGUUUGAAAAGACCAAAAGCUUGCAUACGAGAUUGUACGGAGGCAUUAAAUUUGAAUAUAGAUAGCGCUAAUGCUUACAAAAUUAGAGCGAAAGCAUACAGAUACCUGGGGAAAUGGGAAAGUGCGCAUGCUGAUAUUGAACAAGGACAGAAAAUCGAUUAUGAUGAAGAUUUAUGGGAAAUGCAAAAACUGAUUGAAGAAAAAUACAAGAAGAUUUAUGAGAAGAGAAGGUACAAAAUUAAUAAGGAGGAAGAAAAGAAAAGGAAAAAAAGGGAAAAGGAAUUGAAGAAAAGGUUGGCUGCUAAAAAGGCCGCAGAGAAGGCGUAUAAGGAUAACAGCAAGAGGGAAAACUACGACUCGGACUCCUCGGACUCGUCCUACAGCCAACCCGACUUUUCUCGCGAUUUCCCGGGAGGAAUGCCAGGUGGGUUAGGUGGCGGAAUGGGAGGAGGAUUUCCAGGUGGAUUAGGAGGUGGUAUGGGUGGAGGAAUGCCAGGCGGGAUGGGAGGAGGAUACCCAGGUGGAUUUCCAGGCGGAUUAGGAGGUGGCAUGGGUGGAGGCAUGCCAGGCGGAAUGGGAGGAGGUAUGCCCGGGGGAUUAGGGGGCGGAUUAGGAGGAAUGCCUGGCGGAUUAGGGGGCGGAUUAGGAGGAGGAAUGCCUGGCGGAUUGGGAGGCGGAAUGCCCGGUGGCAUGCCAGAUUUAAAUUCGCCAGAAAUGAAAGAGCUCUUCAGCAACCCGCAGUUCUACCAAAUGAUGCAAAACAUGAUGAGCAACCCCGAGUUACUGUCCAAGUAUGCCAAUGACCCAAAGUACAAGCACAUAUUUGAGAACUUAAAAAAUUCCGAUUUAGGAAACAUGGGGAAGCCCGGCGGCAAAGGCAAAAACUAA